GAUCCUCACAGACGUGCUGACGUCAGGACCAAGGGAACGAAAGAAUCCGUCUUGUCCUGAGAGGUGCACCCCAGGACACCCUAACGAUAACCGGAGGAAGAGGAAGAGGGAGCCGGGCAGGAAGGCAGGGCAGCGUGUGGACCGAAUGGCCUUGGGGCCCGGAGUGUGACCUCCGUUCCCUUGCUAUGAACUGGCUCCAGUUUGUGCUGGGUCACAGAUCUCCUUCCCUCCCGCUCCAGUGCAAAACCUGCAGCAUGUGCUGGAGGAAUAUUUGUUGAGUUAAAUUUAAAAGGAAACAACUUCAUUUUAAACACAGAGCCCUACCUUGCGCUAGUCAGUCGUCUGCCUUAACAAGUAUCCAGCUCACUGGAUGGACCGACCACAUGGGCCCUGAAACCUCCAGUCUCUGGAGGUGAAAGUUAAUCUCCCCACAUUGUGUGGAGGACACCAGGCAGCAACAGAGGAGGGGCUCCCAGCCAGGGCCUCGCAACAUUUGCUUGUUGCAGAUCCCAGCCGCAGGGUCACCAUGAGCCUGGUGGCCUGUGAGUGCCUCCACAGCCCAGGCCUGGAGCCUGAGCUCUUCCCACGACCACGAUCCCAGGCCUGUGCUUACCUGGAGCAGAUUCAAGGCCGGGUGGCUGCGGGGGCAGCUGACAUGGCCAAGUGUGACUACCUGGUGGAUGCGGCCACACAGAUCCAGCUGGCCUUGGAGCGCGAUGUUAGUGAGGACUACGAGGCCGCCUUCAGCCACUACCAGAAUGGCGUAGAUGUGCUGCUCCGUGGCGUCCAUGUGGACCCCAACAAGGAGCGGUGUGAAGCAGUGAAACUGAAAAUUACCAAGUACCUGCAGCGGGCCGAGGAGAUCUUCAACUGCCACCUGCAGUGGAGGCUGGGUAGCGGGUCCAGCCCUGAUGUGGGGUUCAGCAGCCUGCGGCUCAGGCCCAUCCGCACGCUGAGCUCAGCCCUGGAGCAGCUGAGGGGCUGCCGCGUGAUCGGGGUCAUCGACAAGGUGCAGCUGGUCCAGGAUCCAGCAACUGGAGAGACAUUCGUGGUGAAGAGUCUGCCCAGGUGCCUUGUGGCGAGCCGGGAGCGGCUGACCGUCAUCCCUCACGGGGUCCCCUUCAUGACCAAGCUGCUGCGGUACUUUGUGAGUGAGGACUCCAUCUUCCUGCAUCUGGAGUAUGUACCAGGAGGCACCCUCUGGUCACACCUGCCCUCCCAGGCGCAGCCCCAGCAUCCUGGCCUCCGGUCUGGCUCCACACAGAAGACAGGGGCCCAGCUUAACACCCGCCUCAGCCUCCUGAUCCCAGGACAGCUCUCCCAGGGCGACUCCAUCACGCAGGACAGAGUCCCCCUGGUGCAUCCUUGGACCUCUCAGUGCCUUCCACCAGCUGGGGAGGCCCUGUCCUUCAGGUCCCAGAGUGAUCCUGAAAGUGAAUCUAUAGCCAGGACCAGCACCUCCUGCUCCUCGGACCUCACAAAAGCCCCAAGUGGCCCCUUGCGCCUGCAAGCCAGGCGGGCUUGCCAGAGCACAGACCCUGGGCCCCCCUGGGCGCUGCCCUGGGUUCGCGAGGGGGCCAGCCGGGUGCUGAGGGGCUGUGGCCAAGGUGGAGUCCGCAACCCUACGGCAGCAGACAGGCCCAGCCUGGCGUGCGGCUGGGCUGUCUGGAGUGUGAGGGAGGAGAAGGUGAAGCAGUGGGCAGCGGAGAUGCUGGUGGCACUGGAGGCGCUGCAUGAGCAGGGGGUGCUAUGCCGGGAUCUCAGCCCCCGGAACCUGCUCCUGGACCAGGCAGGUCACCUCCGACUCACGUAUUUUGGCCAGUGGUCAGAAGUGGAGCCCCAGUGCUGCAGGGAGGCUGUGGACCGCCUCUACAGUGCGCCAGAGGUGGGUGGCAUCACUGAGCUGACGGAAGCCUGUGACUGGUGGAGCUUCGGUGCAAUACUGUACGAGCUGCUGACGGGAACGGCACUGGCUCAGAGCCACCCCUCGGGGUUCCAGGCCCACACCCAUCUCCAGCUGCCGGAGUGGCUCAGUCACCCAGCGGCCUCCCUGCUGACUGAGCUGCUGCGGUUUGACCCUGUGAGGCGUCUGGGCGCCCGAGGAGGUGGCAUCAGCAAACUCAAGUCCCACCCCUUUUUCAGUGCUGUCCAGUGGAGCAGACUGGUGGGGUAAGAGGAGCAUGGUGGGCGAUGGAAAGCCACUG